AUGAUAGUCGGGCAAGUGAUCAGACUCGAGGUGCAUGCAAAGAAAGCAGUGAACUGCCAAAUUGUGCAAAGCGUGACUGCAGCCAUCAAGAACAACGGAGAAGUCAAGUUUCUUAUUUUUUCCAUCGCGGAGAGCGCCACGAAGCAGGAGAAGGCGCUGUUCAAGAGCAUUGCGGUGGGAUCUGUGGUUGGCGCGCAGGGGCAUGCCAGCACCCCCGACUUUACGCACUUAUUCGCCACCAUAAAAAACAUACAGAUUCUCGACGCAAAGGCAGUUCCGCCGCAGGUGUUCAAGCCCAUCCCGGGAGCAUAUACGAGCUUCCCUGUGGGAGCUGCGUGCCCGCCAGAGCUUUCUAUACUGCUGGUUGUAAAGCUUGUUUCAAGGGAAAACAGAGCGCGCCUCUACUGCAUAGACCAGCAGGAGCAGUGUUUUCUUGCUGUUCUGAGCACGCCAAACCACGCAAUCAAAGACGCAGACAUCCUCGUCCUCAGAAACAUGCCCGCGGCUUCGAUACUAAACCGCACCGUGUACGUGAAGGAGGCUGUCUGCAUCGAGGUGAACCCGCGUGCAGAGCCCCGCCGUCUCAUGCGCGCCAUUCGAAAAAAUGUGCAGCGAAAACGCAUGAAGGUUGAGUGCAUGGAGGAGAUCCAAAACCUGCGCAAGGACUCCUCUAUCUACUUCGAGGGCCGCGUCUUCCGGCUGAUGAUGAGCAAAAACGCGCUCAUCGUCUCCAAUGGGUCUGGGGGCAUUAGGGUGUGCAUGGAGGAGGACGCGUUUGAGCGCCUCUCCUUCCAAAUGAUGCACCUGCACCUGUGCAAGCAAGAAGAAGACCUGGCGCUUAAGACCAUGUUCAUCAGGGUCCGGGUCUCGGCAGACAUUGUUUUCAUGGACAAUGUAAUGAACUCCUUCAAUGUGUGUGUUUCUCUUAUUACAAAGAAAAACGAAGCAAAGUGA